GUUCAUUAUAGACAACCUCCACCACACAUUAAAUCUAUCACUUCAACAAGAUAAGGUUAACAUGGUUUGUACUUAAAAUGGCUAACUAGUGUCUGACUAAUUUUUCAGUAGCGUUCCAAUUUUAUGAAUUGUUCUCUUGACAUAAAAAGAACAUUGGUUAAGAUAAAUACAAAAUCAGCAAGUACUUGAUCAUUUUAAUCAUAGAUAUGGAUAUGAAGCAAGUAUUAGUCCCAAGAGUGAAGCUGAAUUCUGGUCAUGAAAUUCCUCUUAUAGGCAUGGGAACAGCACCUUCACUACCACCACUGGAUGAAUUAGUCGCCACACUUGUAGGUGCCAUUGAAGCCGGUUAUCGACACUUUGACACGGCCGCUGCCUAUGGCUCUGAGGAGGCACUUGGCCUAGCAGUGGCGGAAGCGGUUCAACGUGGACUAAUUAUGAGCCGAAAUGAAGUGUUCAUUACCUCCAAAUUAUGGUGCACCGAAGCACGCCACGACCUUGUUCUUCCCGCCCUCAAAAGAUCUCUAGCGACGCUGGGGAUGGAUUACUUGGACUUGUACCUAAUACAUUGGCCAGCAACGAUGAAAAAAGGUAAUGAUGAAGAGAUUAAGUUUGCAAAUGAGGAUGUAAUUCCAUUUGACAUGAGAGGAACAUGGGAAGCCAUGGAAGAAUGUCACAGGUUAGGUUUGGCAAAGUCUAUUGGUGUAUGCAACUUCAGCUGCACAAAACUCUCUCAACUCUUGCACCAUGCUACCAUUCCUCCAGCCGUUAACCAGGUAGAAAUGCAUGUUACAUGGAGGCAAGAUAAGAUGUUACAAUUUUGCAAGGAGAAAGGGAUACAUGUAAGUGCAUGGUCUCCACUUGGAGCAAAUGGGAUACCUUUAUGGGGUAACCAUGCUGUUAUGCAAAGCCCUGUACUUAAAGACAUUGCCUUUCAAAAACAAAAGACCAUUGCACAGGUUGCAUUGAGGUGGGUAUAUGAGCAAGGAGUUAUUGUGUUAGUGAAGAGUUUUAACAAGGAUAGGAUGAAAGAGAACCUUCAAAUUUUGGAUUGGGAACUAAGUAAUGAAGAAAUCGCUCGAAUUAAAGAGAUUCCUCAAUGCAGAGGAUUCAAAGCUGAGGUUUUUGUUCAUCCAAAUGGACCAUACAAAUCCGUGGACCAAUUCUGGGAUGGCGAGCUAUAAUAAAAGUUUCCAGCCUUCCUAUCAUUUGCAAUUUUUUGUUGUUUACAAAAGGUAUUUAAGAAAAAUCGAAAAAUCAACUCAAACAAAUUUGAUAAGAGAUGAUGUAGUCUUCAAUUUAGUAUGGUUUGACAUGCAACUGUAAUAUAUUGAGUAUUUUAUUUGAUUUGGUAUUGAA